AUGAGCGCCGUCAAUGUCUCGAUCGUCGGUGGCACGGGCAACAUCGGCAAAAGCAUUGUGAACGCCCUUCUAAGCUCAGAAAAUCAGGAUUUUAGGAUCACAGCUCUCGUGCGCCCUCAGUCAAUUGAGAAGCCGGAGGUGGUCGACAUUCGUAGCCGAGGCAUCCGGACUACAGCGCUUGAUCUCGGCGGUUCAGAGCAUGACCUGGUCAAGGCUCUAGAGGAUACACAUGUUCUGAUUGUCUGUCUUCCGCCGAGACACACCUCCCAGGAGAUCAAACUCAUAGAUGCGGCAUCCAAGGCUGGGGUCAAACGGUUCGUGCCAAGUGCAUGGGCUGUAACUGCCCCUCCCAAUGAUCUCAUGAAACGCGAUUGGAAAGAAGCCGUCUACGCCCACAUGAAAAAGGUUCGCCUUCCCUACACAAUUAUCGACACUGGCGUGUGGCACGAGGUUGUAAUCCCUCGCGUCCCGUCUGGAAAACUUGACCAUGCUGCUUUGAUGGGCCGAACUUUCCUGGUUGGACAAGGGGAGACACCUUGUGCAACAACAGCAAUCCAGGAUAUUGGUCGUUUUGUUGCUUCUAUUAUCGUCGAUCCUCGAACCCUGAACCGAUACGUGUUUGCGUAUGGCGAACAUGUGACACAGAACCAAUACAUCGCUCUCGCGCGGGAGAUCACCGGUGAAGCCGUUCCCUAUAUUCCAGUCUCCCAGGAGAAGGUUGUCAGCGUUGCACACCAGCCAGAGACAGCGGAUUUCCAAGUCUGGCAAAAGGUCAUUGUGCAAUACUUGUACAAUAACUGGGUCAAAGGUGACUCCGAAACGUCCUAUGCAAAGUACCUGGGUUACCUGGAUGCUCAUGAUCUGUAUCCUGAAUUCAAAGUAAAGCCUUUGUCAGAGAGUAUGCGUGAGGCAUUUUCUGGUGGAGAAGACUUUGCUGCCCAAGUUGGUGAUGAUUCAUUUUGGGUAGGCCUUGAAAAGCUUCUACUUGAAGAGGAGGAUAGAUAG